UAGUACUAUUUGAUGACUUGUGGAAGAAGGUUUGAUUAAUGUAUGUAUUUAAAUUAAAUUAAUCAUUGAAGUUUUAAUAGGUAAUAUACGAAGAAAUUAACAUCAUCUUAAUUUUAUUCUAUCUCUCUUGGAUUCAAUCCAAUUGAAGAGAGGAGUUACAUCAUAUGGAGUUAUAAAUUUCUUAUACACAAACACUGGAAGCAUUUUGAAAUUAAAGAAAAGAAGAAAGAGCAAAUAUGGCAGGCACAAGACGUGCACGAAAUCAAGCCAAUUCUGUAGCUAUACCUAGACAGAAUUCUGUUAACGAAAAUGGCAGAACUCGGCAGAAUUUGAGCCCUGAAGUUUUGGCAGCAAUGAGCAAAGAACAGCUCCGUGCAGAAUGCAGGAAACGGGGGCAGCGUUCUACAGGCAACAAAAAUGAAUUGCUCGCCCGCCUCGGGUAUUAUAAACUGGCGGCUGCGGUACAGGCUGAUAGCGAGCAGCGCACGCGCAACGGACUCCACCAUCCUUACCCUAAGGAGAUCAGGAGCAAAGCUGUGACGAUGGAUACAGAUAGUUUGGUGCUUUGGCGGCGACCCUUAAUUACAAUAGAGUACUUCUUCAAGGAGCUCUUUAUAUUGAUCUCAAGCGGUAUACAAAGGUUAUUGGCGUAUAAAUUAUUAGCAUUAACAAUAGUGGUGGCGACGAUAGCCACCGCUUCUUCUUACCAUAUCAGCGGACCUCACCAGCACUAUGUACAUUUGGUGGUGUCUACGCUAGCAUGGUGGGGCUGGUGGGUGGUGCUUGGGGUUUGCAGCUCGGUCGGGCUCGGGACAGGGCUGCACACAUUCCUCCUGUACCUCGGCCCGCACAUAGCCCGCGUCACGCUAGCGGCCUACGAGUGCGGCGCACUCAACUUCCCUGAGCCGCCGUAUCCUAACGACAUAGUUUGUCCAGCAGAGUUGGACCCGAACAAUCCAGUGACGAUAUGGAAUAUAAUGGCAAAGGUCCGAGUGGAGUCGAUGAUGUGGGGCAUCGGGACAGCCCUAGGGGAGUUGCCGCCUUACUUCAUGGCGCGCGCGGCGAGGCUGUCUGGCGGAGGGGUCGCUGAACUUAACACUAAUGACGACUCUAGGACUGGCAGAGCAAAGAUAAUGGUGCAAAAGUUAGUAGAACGCGUCGGGUUCGCGGGCAUCCUAGCGUGCGCGUCCGUUCCCAACCCGCUAUUUGAUUUGGCCGGGUUAACUUGCGGACACUUUCUGGUGCCGUUUUGGACAUUCUUCGGGGCUACCGUCAUCGGCAAGGCUAUCAUUAAGAUGCACAUACAGAAGAUGUUUGUGAUUAUUGCCUUCAAUGAGACACUCGUUUCUCAAGUUCUCUCCUGGGUAGAGAGGAUACCGUACGUGGGGCCGAGACUAGAAGAACCAUUAUUAGAAUUCCUUCGCAACCAAAAAUCGCGUCUUCACAAAAACGAAGGACCUCAUAUAGAAUCGUCAAAUCAAGGCUCUAUGCUAUCGAGCCUUCUAGAGAAAUUCGUAUUAGCUAUGGUAGUCUAUUUCGUAGUGUCGAUAGUCAAUGCGCUUGCGCAGAAUUAUAGUAAACGGAUGGGUAAGAAGAAGGGCAAGAAAAGGGAAUAGGGGUCGAAGAGAGGCGACUCCUUUGGUGGACUCGUCCAGCUCGCGACAGCGGAGCGCGCGCGGUAACGCCUCGCGACAUCUAGCGGAUAUUAUUGUUACCUACGUACAGAGACAUUUUAAACGAUACCAGUCAUUACAUCCACUACAUUAACUGUUACGCAUGACAGAUGUAAACUUGUAAGAUUAUACUCUUAACUGGCUGUGCCUCGCGAUUUUGUUUAAAGCGAGUGAUGUCUUAGCGGGUUUUCUGCACAUUAUACUCGUCAGAUGUCAGCAGCGAGCUGUCAGACCAGGACAUAGAAAACUAUAGACAUCGAUGUGACAGCUUCCAUACACAAAGAUAUUAACGUUGUAUCUCGUUUCUUGUGAAUUUCUAAUACGCAUUUCUCUCCUUCAUAUCUCUUGUAUGAGCGCAACGAAAAAUAUGACGAAGUCUAUAGUUUUCUCCGUCUAAGUAAGCUGACGUUCCAGUGGCACAAUCUGGUUGGUAAAAAGCAGAAACUCCUCCCUCUUGGACAAUGAAAAAAAAUUCUGUGUUUCCGUUCGUGAAAAUAAUUGCAAAAGUCCAACAGCUGGUGUGAUAGCGACCUGUGUUAAAAAUUAUAUUAUAAGAUAAAAGUAAAUCUGAGGGUAUAUUAUCUGAAGUCUACAUCUGUAAUAUGUAAAAUUACUGAGUGAAUUGUCAAUAAGAAAAUAAUGUAAGUGAUAAAUCUAAUAAACUGUAAAGUUUCAUGCUAUACUAUUGUCUUUCUGACAACUCAAAACUAGUAUUUGAUGGCCAUCUUAUGUUACACAUAACUUUGCAAAGAAAUCUGUCACUUACAGUCGACAAAAUUUAGAAAUAACUAAUUCUGUGAAAGUUAAAAUAAUAACAAUACGGGUACGUGUAACAUGUAAUGAUUGCACUUUUCGUAUAAUGCAACUUCAAUUUAUUCAAAUUAUCUGGUUAUUUCUUUAAUUUUGUUGACUGUAUCUUCCCUGGUUCAUUAUUGACUUUCGAAGAGUGGAAAACUUUUUCUGCCAAGGUGUAACUAUAGCAUAACAUUUUAAACGUCUUCUCAAUGUGUCUAUAUUAAUAACUCAUAUGCUGUGUAAAAAUUUAUCUUAGAUAUCAGCUAUCGCCUGACCGAGACUAUCUUGCCUUUAUGUCUUUGGCAGUGGGUCGCUUUGUUCGGCCUAUUACUUGUACAGGGCGACGUAAAAUGUAGGAAAUGGUAGUUAAUUGAAACUUAAACCUGGCAACAUCGAGGUUUUAAUCGAAUCACAAAAAUGUAGGAAUAAAAUGUAUCAAGAUCACAUUGCUGCGUGUAAUGAUCAUUCGUAAUUAUGUCCUACAAUUUUUUAUCGCACUUUAUGAUUGAUUUGUAGAAAUAAGCUGGAUUGAGGCUUACAUGGGACCGAUACAAAAACCUAUUUAGAAUACUGGUUUGAUACUAAAAUGUUUCGUUCUACAUAUUUAGUAUCAGAGUCUACAAUCGAAAAGUAGAUACGAUCAGAAAUGAAUUACUAUCGUUAUGUUAGUAUGAAAUUUAUACUCUUAGCACCAUUACCUACUGUGUGAAUACCUAGUUGUGUGACGUGCUUAUUUUUGAAUGUAUAUACUUAGAUUAUAUCAGUCUGAAGCGAUGAGUAUAUAUAAUUUCAUAUAUUAGAAUGAAGUGCUUUGUGUAAUUAUAUACCUCGAGUUAUGUAGACUGUAGGUGUAAGCAUGAAAUACAGGAAAACCAUCUCAUUGACAGAAAUAUGAUAAUCAUUUAUACCUUGAUUUAUUAUUUAUUUCUACGAUUGGAUAUGUUUGAAAAUGACACUGUAAAAUGAGAAUAUGAAAGCAUACAAAAAUCACUUUUUGUUAUUCCGACUUUCUAUUGUGUUCCACAUUUGUUACGAAAGAGGAAAUGAAUAAUAAUGAUCAAUAAAAUGAAGAGCCAAUGAAACUGGUUGUGUGCCAAACGAUGAAAUCUUUUUAUGUGAAUCGAAUUAUAUCAAUGUUUUUUUAUAAACUACAGUCUAUAGUAAAUCUUACUUUGUUUAAUACUAUUCCAAGAAAUAAGCUUUUGGUGCUGUUCCUUUAAUUGUUUUGAACAUUUCAUAAACCUAGUCCAUAAUAACAAAAUCAAAUAUUGAAGAUUUUAGUCAAAUGGAAAACCUUUUACCGUUAAUUUAAGCCUUGACUUUGGUAUUUCUGUCAUAAACUGUAUGCGUCUGUAUAAGUUCUUAAAUUCCCCUGAGUCCUGCUUAUUUCUUUUGAGGUUUGUAUUCCCUGGUGCUCGGUGGGUCACUUUACAGUCAAGACACAAAUAUCUUUAUUUCCGUUAUGUACAGGUUUAAUUUAGUCGGUUAGUAUAAAUUAUAAAGACAUUUUAAUAGUGAAAUAUGAGUAAGCAGAAUAAGCUCAGUAUUAUAAGAAUUUUGAAAAAGGAAAGUUCUAAUUUCGGUAAAUUUAUCGUUUGUAGUUUUUAAAUAUUAUAAGCGAUAUUAUGUCCCUUGAUUAAAACAAUUUAGUAUGUAUUAAAUAAGAUGAGUUUUGUAACGUCAUGCAGAAAAUAGAAGUAGAUAAUGCAUGCAUUUUUGCACGCAUGCAUGCUUUGCAUAUUUUCCAUAAAUGUAUUUAGUCAGUAUUUUACAUUCCAUACUAAUGUGAAAAACUAACAUGAAUGCAGAAUUGUGAUUUCAUAAAAGUUUUUGGUGUUUAGCGAUAUGUGUUUCAUGUUAUUAUAAGUCUGCACAAGUGUAUUUUUCGGAUAUGUUAAUUUCAAUAUUUUUUAAUCUAAUGUAAUAUUUAAUAAAUCAAUUUAUGGAUAAUUUAUGAUUACGUAGGAAGAUGUGCUGUUAGAGAUUGUACUAUUUCAUUAUUUGUAGACUACUAUUAUUAUUAACUACUACUAUAAUUUACUCGGCAGAUAUAAUUUGCUAUAAAAUUUAUUUCGUGAAUAAUUUAACUUAUAACCAAAUUUUAUAAUCAUCAUAAGUUUUGUUUUGGCACAGAAGUAUAUAAGGCCAGGGAUUGUUUUCAUGGUUUUUAAAUAUUGUUGUAUUUUAUUUUCGAGUUUGUUUCAAGUAAGUUAAGCAUAUAAGCAUGGUUUAUAGUGUGUAACUGUACAGUCAUGUGGAGUGGUACAUUUAGUACAAAAUAAUGCUUAUAAAGUUUGUAAGUUUGAGGUUUCAUACUCUGAAGAGCAAUAAAUGAAAAAUAAUGUUCA